UUCUUCCGCACAAUGCACCGAUUCCGUGUGACCCAGCUGAACAUUAUCCUGACCUCAAUCCUUCUGCAACUACUCCCCAACGUCAACUGCGCCAAGGUGACCUGGCCGGCGCUCGAAAUCCAGUCGGACAACUUCUUCGACCCGCUGAUGACGUCCUUCUCCAAGUUUCCCUUCCACGACAUCUACGAAACCCCGUCGGAUUGCCUUCUCUGUGGCCAGAACAGCCACCAGCAACAGUCACGCGUCCCGUCGACCAAAUCCUUCCGCGAGUGGACCAAACAGAUCCAGCAAAGCGUGGACACCAGCACCGAGGAGGGUCGUAGCAGGCUGUGCGAUUUCCUGGCGAUGUUUCCCGUUGGAAGGGGUGGCGAUGAAAAGCUUGGCCCCGGUGGAAGGAGACGGUUCUUGCCGCUCAAGCUGAGAAAGCUGCUCAAGUACUGCAGUGCAAAUCAUUGAGCUUGCUGGAAUA